ACAACAAAAUGUUCAGAUUACCUGGGCAAUUGCUGACAAUCCGAAGCAUAUUGCGUCGACACCCCAUUUACCUUCGAGGAACACAUCUCUCUCAACCCUACAGCAAGUACAGUCCUCAAGAGCGAGCGACAUGCCCGAAGCCGCCACCACCUCCUCCACCAAAGGCUAAAGAUGAUAGCAUGUUCUGGGGAGCUAUAGCCGUUGUGUUCCUCGCCGCUGGCUUCGCGGUUAUUGCUAAACGUUCACCCGAGAUGCGCGAUUGGUUAACAAUCCACGCGCCGUGGUUCGAUGAUUUCAUAGCAAUAAUGUAUGAAGAGAAUAUGACAUACUCUGAAUUUGCGGAGAAAUGUACAGAUGACUUGAGAAGCCUUAUACAGAACAUUGGCAGAGAUGAUAAGCCCAAGAAUUGUUCUUUGGAGGGGGAGGAUGGAAAACCGGUUAUAACGGUACCAGAAAGGCAUGAAAUAGAAACAGUAAAGAUACGUGAGGAUGGAAAGGAAUGCGUAAUUAUUCCACCUCCAGUGGUAACAAAGAAUAUUUGUGACGUCGAAGAGUGUCUGAUCGAUCUAGCCGAGACAGUACUAAACAACUAUUACACGGCUACUGAAGCUUGCGCGUAUUAUAAUAGAAUAGUUGAAGAAGCUAUGCAGAACUUUUCCAUACCAACAGUUAAGAAACUACACGAUCAAAUGGCGGAGAGGAUUGAUCUGGUCAAUACAUCUCUUAAUAAUGCCAGUACUGCACUAAAUGAUUUAGAUGAUCUCACACAUUACUUCGAGUGUGGUGUAAAAGCACCAAAGGAAGAUAUGUGCAAUAUUCGAGGCCUUAUAAACGACUACCAGAAGAAGCUGAAAAUAUCUCGCAUCAAGUAUGAAUGGGAGAAUGAUAAAUCUAUUGCUAUGGAUCAACAUUGGCAGAGGGUUGAGGCUGCAGUAGACAAAUAUACAGAUGAGAAUCAGACGAUGUUUCCAGAAAUAAAGUACGUUCAGGAUAAACUGCAAUUAGUCGGAGAUCCGGAUCUAUUGCUCUAUCACACAUAUAGAUAUUCACAAAAAUUAAAAGAAGAACUUAAAAAUUCCGUCGUGGGCAUGACAGAGCGGAUAAAUAGAGCAAUGGAUAAUCUGCCACCGAAUAAAGCACGGGACGCACAAUUACAAGCAGUACUUAGGGAAAAGAGGGCUGCAAUGGACAAAGAGUUCAAACAGAGGUGUGAAGAACAAGUAAAGAACAAUGAUAAGAUACUGAAAGAUUCGUUGAAAAAGCAAAGUGACAGACACCAAGAAGUCUUGAAGCAGAAGUUGGUACAGAAGGAAAAAGAGGCAACAGAGAAAUUAAAUAAAAUGGUUGCUGAGAAAGUGGCAUUUGAAAAGAAUAUAUUUAGACGGCAAUUAGCUGACAUGGCUGCAAAGCUGAAAGUCGUUGAAGAUAAACUCAAUGCGCACUUAAAAGCUGAGCGUGAAACGAAAAGAUCACAAGAACUUUGGGUGGCUGGUGCUGCCCUCCUCAAAGCUACUAAAAAGGGGGAACCUAGGGUCCGAGUAGAUAAAGAAUUAAGGGCUAUUCAAAAGGCAUCAGGGGAUGGAGAUAAAUUAGUGGAAACAGUCCUAAAAGCGAUACCAGAAUCGGUUAGAAAAGACGGGAUCGUACCAGAGAGCGUGCUUCGAGAAAGGUACCAUCGAAUGGAAAGCGUAGCGCUUAAAGUGGCGUUAGUUGAGCAUGAUGGAGCUCCCUUACCAGUUUACUUUUUAUCCUGGAUACAAUCUGCUUUGCUAUUUAUGAAGAUGUCUGGCAUCCCACAAGCAGAAAUAGACAAUCCACCGAAAGAGCCCUUCAAGGAUUUGGACACAUUUGAUUUGUUGCAACGAGCAAGAUUCUGGAUGGAGCGUGGUAACCUAGCAGCCGCUAUACGUUACGUCAGUUCUCUGGAAGGCGCAUCGCGGGCUGCAGCUGCCUCCUGGACUGAAGACGCCCGCUCCCAUCUGGAGACCAGGCAAGCUGCGGAGGCAGUGUUAGCACACGCGGCGGCACUCGGCUUGCAGUAUAUUUAA